AUGGCCACCGCCGCCGCCGCGACCCCGUCGUCGUCGUCUUCCAUCAUUCCUCUCUCGAACGUUGAGGCACAAUGGGAAGCCAUGAACAAGGACGAACAGUUGACGGUUCACCGCCAGCUCGAGGAGAUCCAAAAGAAGGACUGGAAGACGCUCUCCAUUGACGAGAAGAAGGCCGCGUACUACGUCGCCUUCGGCCCUCAUGGUCCCCGCAAGCCCACAAGCCCGCCUGGCGAGAACUUGAAGAUCUUCAUCUGGACCCUCGGCCUCAUCGGUGUCUCUGGCGCCAUCUUCGGGUUCACCCGAACAUUUGCACCCCCGCCGCCCAAGACCAUGACCAAGGAGUGGCAAGAAGCGGAGAACGAGCGCGCCAAGGAACUCAAGCUGAACCCUAUAACUGGUAUCACUUCCGAGGACUACAAGGGCCCGGGCUUCGUCACGGAAAAGAACUGA